UGAGAGGGAAAGAGAGACAGUGAGAGAGAAAGAGACUGAGCAAGAAAGAUUGAUGCUGAGGCAAGCCGACACUGCACUGCUCUAACACACACACACACACACACACACACACACACACACACACACACACACAUUGCACUACCAAGCUGCUUAACAGGCAGGAAAAACACAGAGUCUGACUGAGUCUGCAGCCGGGCAGCUACUGCAGGACAGAGGACAGCAAGACGAGGAGAGAACAGGAGGGUCAAACCUUCUCCCUGCUUUGCCACAGAGCAACAGUUUCACCACGCUGUCAUCUCUGGAGGUAAAGUGCUCCAGGGAGCUCUUUAAAGACACCUCCCCAAAAAAGGGGGAGAGGCAGCAAGGGCAGGAGCAAGGGCAAGUGUAGCCCUACCAGGUUGCCGUGGAUGUCCUCUCAUCAGCCCCAUGACAACAGGCUGGAUUCGAGGUGUAGUCCGGGGUACAAUAUGGCACGACGAGCAGGGGGCGAAGGCUCCCCGAAAAAGAACACAUCGCUCAACCUGGUGACGGGCUUCUUCCACUACCUCCGUGAUGAGCAGGAGGCUGUGCAGAAAAGGACAUUCACAAAAUGGAUCAAUUCCCACUUGGCAAAGCGUGUCCCGCCUCUGGUGGUGACGGACCUGUUUGAGGACAUAAAGGAUGGCGUGAUGCUGCUGGCCCUGCUGGAAGUACUCUCUGGACAAACACUGCCAUGCGAGCCAGGCAAGAAGCUAAAGAGGAUCCACUGGGUCGCCAACAUCGGUACAGCGCUAAACUUCCUCGAGGGUAGGAAGUCUGCCUACAGAGGAUCUCCGAUCAAGCUUGUGAACAUCAACUCUACAGACAUUGUCGAUGGACGGCCGUCAAUUGUAUUGGGGUUGAUGUGGACAAUCAUCCUCUAUUUCCAGAUUGAGGAGCUAACCUGUAGCUUACCAGCAUUACAGGCCGUGUCCAGCAGCACUUCUUCAAUGGACAGCUCCACCAGCAGCACUGAGACCCACAGCCCACCGGUCAAAAGAAAACCCCUCCCACCUGUGCAGGGCGGAGUCAGAAAGGCCCUGCUAAAAUGGGUCCAGCACACAGCCACCAAACGUUUGGGCUUGGAGGUGAAGGACUUUGGGCCCAGUUGGCGCACAGGGUUAGCAUUUUUUGCCGUUAUCAAUGCCCUUCGACCCAAUCUAGUCGACAUGGAGCGUGUAUGGAGGAGGCCCAACCGAGAAAAUCUACAGGAAGCUUUCUCAUUGGCUGAGAAAGAGCUGGGUGUCCCUCAACUUCUCGACCCAGAGGAUGUUGACGUAGACAAGCCAGAUGAGAAAUCCAUUAUGACAUACGUAGCUCAGUUCCUGAAGCAUCAUCCUGACAGAGAGCAGAGCGACGCAGACGGACAGCCAGACGAAGAGCAGGGUCUUGCUCCUCGCGAUAUAGAGGAAAUGUUGCAGAGAGAGCAGCGAAAGAGCCUGAGGGAGCUCAAAAUGUGUCUCAACCAGCUGGAGAGAGACGCUAUACAGGCUCAGGAGACUGAGGGCAAUCUCACUCAACAGUACCAGUUGUUCAAGAGUCUGCAUGUCCAGGUGGAGAUGAGGAGGAAGCAGGUGGAGGGGGCUCUGCAGUCCACUCAGAAGGAUGGGAUGCUGACUGUGGAUCAGGCUCUGGUCAAACAGGCCUGGGAAAGAGCCUCUAAUAGGCUCCUGGACUGGCACCUGCAGCUGGACAGGUCUCUGCCGGCUCCUCUGGAUUCGGUGGGGGCGUGGCUGCAUGAGGCGGAGGGAGCUCUGCAACAAGAGAUCAUCGUCCAUCAGGCGCACGACGUGACCGCUGCCACUGUCCACAGGGCUCUGGAGCAGCACAAGGAUGUGUUGAAGAGCCUGGAAAUACACCAGCAGGUAUUUCAGAGGAUCCAUAAAGACAGAAGUGUUGAUGGAGUCCCUAUUCCCCCAGACCAGCUCCAAGACAUGGCCGAGAGGAUGAACUUUGUUUCUACAUCUUCUAGCAUCCACUUGUCUCAAAUGGAGUUCCUGGAGAACAAACACCACAUGCAGGGCUUCCUCAUUCUAACCGAGUCCAAGCUCAAGUCCUGGAUCAUCAAAUAUGGCCGACAAGAGUCCGUGGCAGUGAUGCUCCACAACUACAUUUCAUUUGUGGAGAAGCAACAUUUCUUUGAAAAUUAUGAGGCAUUGUUCCAGUCCCUCAAACUGUCUGCUGAGGCCUUUGUCAAUGCUGACAGCUCAGUGGAUGAGGGUGAGAUGGGAGUGCGCAGGUUCAUGCGGGAGGUGGUGGCGCAGUGGAGGAGUCUGUCCAUGGAGGUGCGCAGCGUGAGGAGCAUGCUGGAGGAGGUGCUGUCCAACUGGGAGAGGUACAGCUCCACCGUGGCCUCCUUACAGGCCUGGCUUGAGGACGCAGAGGCAGCCCUGAGCCAGCCGGAAAACACUAAACGGGAGUUUUUUAGGGAUCUCAGCCACUGGAUGGAUCAACAUGCAGCCAUGAACGACGCAGGGAAUUUUCUCAUUGAAACAUGUGAUGAGACCGUAUCGCUGGAUCUCAAGCAGCAGCUUCUUCUUUUGAAUGGACGAUGGAGAGACCUCUUCCUCAAAGUCCAACAAUAUGCCCAUGCAGACGAGUUGGAGAAGUGGAGAAAAGACCACCUAAAGGCCGUGUUGGCCCUCAAAGAACUGCUGGACACAGCCGAGGUCAAGCUCAAUGUUCCUGUCCAGAUAUCUUUCCUCAACGUUAGGGCCUUUCUGCAGGACGUGGAGAAUACCAAGCAAAAGGUAGUUGCCAUGGAGACACAAUAUAAAUUGGCUGCCCGCAGUGCUCAGCUCCUUGCCAAGGAUGCGCCACAGGAUGAGGCUGCCAGGGUCAUGGCAAUUAUGGCAACAGCCAAAAGUCAGCUGAGUAAGGUGAGAGAGCGGUGUCCUUCCCUUGUAAGGGAGUGUCAUGUUCUCCUGCCAUUGUUGGAGGAGAUGGAGAAACACAUCACCGCUUUUUACCAAGCUCUGGAGCGGGCCAGUCGCAUCACCUCUGCCGACAGAGAAGCAGACACACAGACCCAGCAAAAACAAAAGUGGCAGGAUUUGUUAAACCAGCAGCAGAGCUGUAAACGCUGUCUGUCGGUGAUCGAGAGGAACCACCACGCUCUGCAGAGGGCGCUCUCCUCCAGUAAGGUGCUCCGAAACUUCGACCUGUCCCUGCUUCAGAAGAGAGUGUCUGAAAUACAGAACUCGACGCAGGCUUUGCUGAAGGAGUUGGGGGAAUGGAGAAGGCAGGAGGAGGCCAACAACUGCCUGAGGAGGAGGUUUGAGGAAUCGAGACAAGAGUUGGAGAGAGUGUUGAAAAAAGCUCAGGGCUGCCUGAGAGAGACUGGAGAUGCUGAAGAAUUACUGAAGAAGCACAGCGACUUCUUUGGGCAGCUGGACCAGCGGUUGCUGAGCGUGUUCUUGAAGGCGUGUGAUGAGCUGACGGACAUCCUUCCACAGGAGGAGCAACAGGGUCUGCAAGAAACUGUCCGCAGGCUGCACAAACACUGGAAGGACAUCCAGAGCGAGGUACCGUCUCAUCUGCUCCGUCUAAAAGUGGAAGUGGAGUGGAGCAGAGUGGCUGUGAUUAUAAAAGACUGCAGAUCAGAGCUGGACAGAGAAAUGCAAGCUCUGUCAGGCACCUGCACCAGUGAGCGAGUGAUCAAAGAGCACAGAACUUUUUUCAGGGAACGCAAACCUGUGACUCUGUGUGAGAAGAGGAUUAGAAACAUGGAGGAUCUGUGUCACAAGUUACCUGACAAUGACCCAGUUUAUCGAACGCUAGACUCCACCAGGAGGACUGUAGAGGAGGUUACAGAACAAAUCAAGAGCACCUAUCUCAAACUGGAGCAUCACCCUGAUAAAUGGAAAGAGUGGAAUGAUAGGUUUUGUGAGAUCUCUGAUUGGCUCUCAUCCCAGAGGAGGCAUGUGAGGCUUUUGAGAGAAACAGCAAGGAAUUCCAGCCAUCAGGAACAAGUGGAUGCUGCUGUUCAGACUCUGCAGGAAGCAGUAGAUGCCCGAGAAGAGAGCCUGUUGUGGCUUGAGAGCCGUCUUGCUGGGCUUUCUGAGGUUAGCUCUGAUCUGGAGGUCCAGAGACAGAGAACAACCUUGGCUAAACUCUCAACUGACCUGCGGGCACUCUUUUCUUCACUCUGCCAGUGGGGUGAGGAGGGCUCUGCUAUGUUUCAGUACGAGGAGCUGAGGGAGGAGGUAUGUGGCGCUCUCGAGGAGGUCCUGAGGGUGAGAAGGGAGGCUGAGGAGCAGAUCAGCAGCAUCCUGGAUGCUGAGGGGCUGGAGGAGGCCAAACAACUUUAUCUUAUUCACCAGCACCACCUUAAGCGCCUGCAUAUUAACACGAGAGAGGCGGAGCUUCUGGUGGCCCACUGCCGCCAGCUGCAGAAAGGCGAGGGUCUCAGUCAGUCUCUACAUCAGCUGGAGGGAGCUUUCAGAGAUGUCGACCACAAAUCAGGGGCAAAGGAGCACAACCUGCAGGAAACUCUGAGCACCUGGCAGCAUUUUGAAGCAGAGAGAGAAACAGUAUGGAGGUUUAUCAGUAACACCAACAAUGAGCUGCACAAAGAACUUAUUUUCAACAGCGUGGACAGCCUGAAAACUGAACUGGAGCAUACCAAGGAGCUCCUCACAAAGGUUGAGGAGUGUUCUGUGCGAGCAGAUCUCCUCCUGGAAAAGGCAGCAGACAUUCAGCUCGGUCCAAAAAACCAAACUCUUCUUCUGCAGCACGCCCAGACCACCAGAGAAGCAGUCGCACAACUUCAAGACCACCUCAACAAGAAUGUUGUCCAGGUGGAGAUGGUGUGUAUGUGGUGGGAGCGCUUCAGCAGUGAAUCAGAGGGUUUCUCUCAGUGGAUCAAUGAGACAGAGAAAGAGCUUGAGGCUGUCAGCUCCACCUCCUCCUUAGAUCCUCUGGACAAACACAUCAUCACAGUGGAGGCUGUGGCAGACGGUUUAGAGGAGAGGAGGGCAGCUCUGGCCCACAUGGAGGCAGACUGUGAGGCUCUCUCUAGGUUUGUGACCCCUGGAGAGGCCGGACGUAUCCGGACACGACUCGCACAGAUGAGGCGCUGCUGGGAAGAGUUGAAGGGGAGAGCAGAGCAGCUGGGAGGGCAGCUCAUCCAGAGCGCCUCCUACUGGCAGAGAUACAAUGAUAACUUUGAGCAGUGCAAGAAGGCAACGAGUGACCUUAAAGAGAAGCUCGACUGUCCUCUCACAUACUGUUCAUCAUCAUCUGAGACAUACAAGAGCCUCCAGGAUCAUAUGGAUGUCUGUCAGGCGGUUGAGCAGCUGAACCCCAGGCUGAUGGCUCUGUGUUCAGCCAUGAAGAGGCUUGCAGAGGGCAGCCAGCUGGAGGGAGAGGUGGCUAACCUCCAGAAGCAACAGGGAGAAUUUUUGGAAAAGGCAGCAGAAAAGCAAUCUACAUUAGAGAGCCUUCUGUCAUUGUGGCAAAGAUUUGAAAAGGAGAAUUCGUCCAUGAAAAACUGGCUGAACAGGUGUGAGUCUGUCUGCUGUCCAGACACUGACCUGCUUUCUGCAGACAAAGAAAAACUCAGGAAUGAACUACUCAACGUGCAGGAAAUGCAGGGGGAGACGGCAUCGUAUGAGGCUCUUCUGCAGGGGCUUGUGAAUCUCGCUCUGUGUCUGUACCCAACAGCAUCUGAAACUUGUGUUGAAGUGCUCAGCUACGAUCUCGCACAACUAGAGGAAAGAUGCACUUCUGUGAAGAACAGCAUAUCACAUCGACUUGAGCUGCUGCAGUGUCAGUUGUCAAAGCUGGAACAAUUUGAUCAGGCACUGCUGACUCUGACCCAAAGGAGUGAACACUUCCUGUCUGGCUUGAGAAGCUCUUCCCAGGUUGAUAUUGCUGAUCUUGAGGCUGCAAUUAGUCAGCUGAAGGAGCAUGAGGUGCAGCUACAGGCACAUGCAUCGCUGAGAGAGACUCUUCAGCAAAGAGAGUCCUCCCUGCUUCACUGCUCCACCUCGGAGGCCCAACAGCAGCUCCAAGGCUGGAGAGAGGACUGCCUGCAGCCCCUCAGUGAAUCCCAGCGCCUCCUGCUCCUCCGUAAAGAGUGCCUGAAUCAGUUGAAGACUUUCCUUGAGAAGCAUAAAGCUGCAGUUCGUACUGUGCGCUGCCUUCAUGAGGCAGUGGAGGGCCGGGGGAGCUGGGACCGCGCCAAAGCUGAAGAGCUGCACCGUGGAAUAGGGGAAGUGGCUAAAGACGUAGCCAGGCUAGAGGCGGAGGCAGUCGGGUUGGAUGGGCAGCUGAGCAAGGCACACCUUCACCUGAGUGGGGCAGAGUGGCAGGCUCACAGAGACCUGAGCCACCCUCAGGGAAGAACCUCCUGCAGGGGACAGGCAGUGGCCCUGAUGAUGGCUCUAGAGGAGGUGCAGAGGGGGGUGGGGUGGAGGCAGAGCGAAGCAGACGCUUUAGGAGCAUUAUGGACCUCUUUCAGGGAGAGGAAGGAGGAGGUGAUGAAGAAUUUGAACAAACUGGACAAUGAAGCGAGGCAAGAGGGGGCCAGAGAGAUCACUGUACAUGCCUUUCAAAAAAGGCUGCGUUUUUUCGUCCAGCUGGAGGAUGAGCUCCAGUCCCUGCAGCAUUCCCAGAGGUGGUUAGAGGAGAAGGGAAGCCAGCUGGCCCUCAGAGACAGUGAGCUGGCUGGGGAGGCUCUCAGGGAGGUAGCGCUGGUGAAGACUGCCUGGGAGGACGUCAGGACUCUGAUCAACAAUGGUCAGGAACAGAGUGGAGUUGUGGUUGAUCUUCUACGCCAGUUCCACCACCUGAAGUCAAUCCUCACCACUGUGGUGGAGAACGCUCAGGCUGUUGCUCACAAUCUGCCCGACCACAACCACAAUGCUCAGGAGGCCAAAAGGACUUUUACACGACAUGACACGGUGCAAGCCGAGCUGAGAGAAAAACAGGAAGACAUGGACCAGCUCAUCUGCACAGUGGAGGACCUGCAGAGAGAGCUGGAGAAGGUUCCCAACUCUGAUGCGAGCUCCCUCCACAGAGACAUGGAGAUGUUAAGGGACCAGUGGCUGGAGGUCUCAGAGAAAAUACAAACCAACACAGAGAGACUGGGCUACUGUGUAUCUCUGUGGGACGACCUGAAAUCCAUGGAGCAGGAUAUUAACCAAUGGGCCGCCAACUCCAUCGCUGAUCUCAAUGACAGUGUGACCAAUCUCAGUGAUAAAGAGCAGACAGAGACCCAUCUUGCCACCUUUCAGGCUGAGGUUGAGAAGAGGGAGCAGAGGCUGGACACCCUGCAGGAGAGAGUGGCAGAGCUGAAGGAGCGGGCCAAACUGCAGGAAACUCCGUUACAAAUGCAGGUCCUGGAGUCAGACCUGAGGAAGAAGAUGGCCCAUGCACAUGAAGUGUACAACCAGGCCAAACACACUUUGACCUACUUCAGUUUCCAAAAGCAGCGACUGGAGGACCUCAUGUCCCAGAUGUCCGAGCGGCUGGUGGCGGUCGAGGGUUCCUUAUCUGACCUCACUGAAGCUACUUCUCCUGAAGACAUUGGUACAGUUAAGGACCUGCAGAGCGUGGUGCAGCAACAGAGGGCAGACAUGGACUCGGCUAGAGAUUCUCUGAGUGCCCUGUGCAGAUCUCACCCCUCUCAGGAGCUCUCAUUCCUCUCCUCUGACCUCACCUCCAUCGCCAAGCGAACAGAGGCUGUCGCCCAGCGCUGUGCCAAGACCAGAGGCAGCCUGCAGGACGGGCUACAGCUCCACUUCAACGAGCUCGUCCAAGACUUCCACUCCCGUCUCACAGAUGUGAAGUCGGAGCUGAAAGACUGCUCUAACCAAUCAGGAGAUGAUGCCAUCCUUCAUGCCAAGUUGCAAAGACUAAAG